UCGCUUUGUUCAUUUAUUCGGGUUCACGUCAAGUCGGUAACGUAGAAAAAAUUCAUUUCAUUUUUGUUUUUUUACAAACUCACACUCAAAUGCAAAAUAAUUUAAAUUUUUUACAUAAUUCUCAUCAAUAAAAAGUAUAAAUUUUCAAGUAUUUUUGAUUGAAAGUGCAAAAAAUUUUAAUAAAAAUUUAAUUUGGGACAAACAAAAAAAUAUAAAAGAAGGAAUCUGAAAAAAUCAACUUCUUUUGCAAAGAGAAACAGCAGCUGAAAAAUCAACAACAACAAAAACGACGACUGACAAACUAAAAAGCACACCACUACCAACAUCACCAUUAAUAACAAAAUUAAAAGAAAAAGGAAAAAUAUUACAAAAAAUUUAUUAAAGGAAAAACAAAAAAGGUGAUUUUUUGCCAGACAACUAAAAAAAUAUAUUGCAAGGAUUAUUUAAGUAAUUGGAGAAUUUUGUAAAUUAGAAGAAAUAACUUUAAUAUCACAUAAGUAAUUAAAUAAAAAAGUGCAUUAAGACUGAUUGUUAUAAAAAUCAAUUUAAAACAAAAUACACAAAAUUAAAAGUUUAUAAAAUUUGUAAAAAAAAAGUAAAAAACUUGAAUUAUAAGUACAUAUUUAAUACUCGAGAGUAGUGUACUUUGUAUUUAUUUAUCAACGUUAAUAAUAGUGUUAGAAAAAAUGACCACAAAUCUUCGUCAGAUUCCCUUAACUUGCAGUGGACACACUCGCCCUGUAGUGCAUUUGGAUUUUAGUGACAUUUGUGAUAGUGGAUACUUUUUAAUAUCGGCGUGCAAAGAUGGCAGCCCGAUGUUACGGCAGGGUGAUACCGGCGAUUGGGUCGGUACAUUUGAGGGUCAUAAGGGAGCUGUGUGGGGUGUAGCCCUAAAUAAAAACGCCACAUUGGCAGCUUCAGGUGCUGCAGAUUUUACGGGAAAAGUAUGGAAUGCCAUAACAGGCGGAGAACUGCAUAGUUUCCAACAUAAACACAUUGUCAAAUCAGUGGCAUUUGAUACAACUUCCGAGAAUAUAGUGACUGGCAGCAAUGAAAAGUUGGUACGUGUCUUUAAUCUCGAACAGCCCCAGGCCGAGCCAGAAAUGUAUAACGGUCAUACAGGUGCCAUUAAAAGGGCUCUAUUCUGUCGCAACGACAAGUGCAUUAUAUCGGCAGCUGAUGAUAAAACGGUGCGCUUGUGGGAUCGUUUGACAGGCAACGAAGUUCAACGUCUUUCAUUCCCCAAUAAUCCGAAUAGUUUAGAGAUCUCCGCUGACAAUCAUAUACUCACCAUAACUCACGGUUCCAGUAUUAGUUUUUUGGAGGUGGAAACGUUGAAGAAACUCAAAGAAGUUAAAGUUCCCACUAAUGUCUCAUCGGCCAGUUUGCAUCCGGAUAAACAUGUGUUUGUGUGUGGUGGCGAAGAUUUUAAAAUGUAUAAAUUUGAUUACAUAACUGGCAAUGAAAUCGAAUCUUUUAAGGGACACUUUGGUCCUGUUCACUCAGUGAAAUUUUCACCAGAUGGUGAAUUGUAUGCCAGUGGUUCUGAAGAUGGUACUCUGCGUUUAUGGCAAACUACUGUGGGCAAAACUUAUGGUCUCUGGAAAUGUACUGAACCUAAUGAAUUGAAUAAUUCUUUAAAUUCGCCCCGUGAAGUACAUGCUAAUUAAUUUUUAUUAAACCUCCAACCCAUUUUUCUUUUAUAUUUGUAAUUUUUUAUAUAUUUUUUUGUUUAACUGCCAAAAUUCCCAUUACUAUUGUUAAUGUUUAGUUAUUUAACAUUAACAAGAAACAAGCAAAAAAAAAAAUCGUAAAAUAUUUUUUUUAUUUUUCUAAUUCCUAUCUGCUGCUAUUUCUCAUAUAAUUUAAGAUUUGUAUUUGAAUAUUUGUCCUUAAUGUGGAACAAAAAAUUAUAAACCAUUGGAAUUAAACACGAAA